AUGCCUGACGAUCCUUCUGGCCGUCCGUUGAGACAGUUAGCUGACAUGGUUGUCAGAUACAACGGAUGGCUGACGAACGAGAUCAACAACCUGGUCGAAUCCAACAACCUGGCCCACCAGGAUCAGCAGAUCAAGCAAAUCAUGGCCAAACUAUGUCACAACAUGGUGCGAUUCAACGACUACCAUUUGAUAUUUAAUGCCGCUGAAGGUUUGAAAUUUGAUAUCUGGUCCAAUUUUUUGACAACCACCAAGACUUUGAUGAAGCUCCCGCAUCCGCAGAGAGACUUCAUAACUGCCCGGAUGCUCCUUUAUCUGGGAUUCCAAUUUCACCAAGCGCAUGAUGAAAAGUUGUAUCGCACCGCAAAAGAAGCAGAAGAGACUGCUCUGUCGAAUUUUUGCAUUGAGCUGGAUGAUGCACUGCUCGAACCUCUACGAAACACAUGGAAAUCCAGCAACAACUAUGAAGAUUUCAAAUGGGUCUUUGUCGACGAUAGGAUUCAUCUGGCACAUGAUGAGAUAGUCAUGAACGAGAGUGACCUGAAAAUUGCACAAGCUCUAUCGCCCUCCGAACGUACUCAGAUUUCGAAACAGGACGGUACAAAAUUCCACUAUUACAAAGAGGCAUUCGAUAUCAACAAGGCCAACCCUACACUCUUUGAAGGUCUUAUGCCGAGAUGGGAUUGCGGCGAAGAAAACACAGAUGGGUUCUUCUGGACUACUAGGAGUUCUGACGGACCAAUUCGACUAGAAAUCACCUAUGAGAUUGAAACUUUCGGAAGAGAAAAUAAUGAGAAGACUAUCUCUAUGUUUCGUCGAUCCAGGCAAUUCUGUCUCGAUGCACGGCAAAUUUCUGAGGGCAAGACGCGCAAACAAGCACACAUCAUACUCGACGAGAUUGCCAUACACUACAAACUCCCCCGGGAGAUACAGGGUCAUAUCCUAGAAUACCUCCCGUACCGUGAGCCAUUCCCAUACCUUCAGAAACUCGAUCUAGCAGCAGCCUACACUCCAUUUCCUAUCGCAAGCGGGCAUUAUUGUGCAGACUGCAAGAUGUUACCAGGGCGCCCAUCAUCAAGACGGACAUGUCCAGGCCGUAGCAUGUGGAUAUGGAACCUACCACUCCGCCGUUUUAACGUGUUCCAUACUGACCAAUAUCUGUGUUGGGCGCUGUGUGCUCAUGGCGCUGAGUGUGCAGGUCAUCACGACGGCCACGAUCGAGAAUGGAUUGUUGAACGAGGUCCCAAUCUAAGCCUGUUCAUAGAGAAGGAGAUAUCAAAAUUGAACGAUGAGUUUAUAUCCUUGGACCAGGUUGGACUAGGUCCCGUUCGGAAGAUUCGUCUCGACACAAAAGAAGAAGACACGGCUCGACAACAGCGACUUGCCUCAUGUAACGGAAUAUACCGGGACUCAGGCGAUGAUUGGAAAAUGACGGGUGGCCUUAGUGGACUGGUAGAUUCGAUGCUUCAUGGCAGAGUGUUGAUCGGUGCCUGGGCUCACAAUGGUACAGAUGAGGGGGGAACUGACCAAGAGCCCGCCCAAUGGGCACUCGGCCGUAGUCUGAAGGAUCAAGAAAGUGCCCAAGAGGCAACCAGAGAUCUGCAUGCGUGGCCUGGACGCUGCGAGUGGUGUUAA